AUGUCCACACAGCACCAAGAAGAGUCCAAAUGCCCACCACCACUGGAGAAGACGAAUAAACCACACAACAUUCCUGCAGUGAAAAUGAAAGACCCACAGCAACUUGCAAUAACUGUAAUGUUGUAUGGAACUGUCAUAAUGGCUUUUCCUGAGAUAACCUGGAUCCCCUUAGUGAGGCCAAGGACCGAGAGUGCUUAUCAGCGCAGAGAAACCCGGGAGCGGAGGAAGGGACCCAAGCCAGUGCCGGGCAAGCGCAGACUCCCGCGCGCGACGUUCCCGACGGAGUCACCGUUGGUGGAGACCAUGCCCGUGUCUGCACAGAACAGAGCUCCUAGAUAUAUAUACAAGGGAGUAAAAAAUUAUAUUUGCCCUGUCUCUAAAAAUUUAACAGCCUGAUGACUCCUGGGUGGUGUACUGGAGGUGGCUCAAAUCGUUUUUAUUUACGCAUCUAUAUUUCUUACUCUGUACAAUUAAACCAUGUUCCUGUUACUUGUGUACAUUUUUAAUAAAAGAAAGUAAUUAAUAAAAAAAAGAAAGCAAA